GUGCAUAUAAUGUCAAUUUGACGUUUAAUUCGGCUAGACGCCAUUUUAGUAGCAAUUUUGUUUUAUCAACCGUACUCAAGAUUCGAUUUUCUGCCUUUUGCGGUGAUAAUAAAGGUUUCCAGUGAAUAUUGCGAAGAAUCAUGUCGAAUUCAAUAAAGGAAGAACCGGGUUCUGAGAGUGAAGAGAACGAAUUCAUUGCAAAGUUACGUGGCCUUCCAUGGUCGGCGACUCCUGAUGAUAUAUCCAAAUUUUUGGGCGAUGAAGGCGUGAAAAGAGUCCAUUUGACUUUAAGCAAAGAGGGGCGGCCUAGUGGAGAGGCUUUCGUCGAACUGGAAACUGAAGAGGAUUUGCAACGAGCUGAGAGCAAAGACAAAGAGCAUAUGGGCUCUCGUUACAUCGAAGUAUUUAGAGUGAAUAGAGCCGAAAUGGAGUGGGUUGUGAAAAGAUCCGGUACUCCAUACAAUGGGAAUGAGGACGGUUGCGUGAGGCUGCGCGGAUUGCCUUUUGGAUGCUCCAAAGAAGAAGUCGCCCAGUUUUUUACGGGGUUGGAGAUUGUGCCAAAUGGGAUAACGCUGCUGACCGACUACUCGGGGCGCAGCUCAGGGGAGGCCUACGUACAAUUCGCAAACAGGGAACUGGCUGAAAGGGCGCUCGAGAAGCACAGAGAAAAAAUUGGACACAGGCCCAUGGGCGCAACAGAACGGCGCUCAAGCCAUAGCAGGAGCACGAUCGCCCUUUGAGGGCGACCAAUGGGAGAACCGAACCGCAGUACAAAAUCACUGCAUUCACAUGCGAGGGCUGCCCUUCAAGGCUUCGCAGCAAGACAUUGCAGAACGAAGCCGACGUCACUUUUGCCAGUCACGAGGACGCCGUAAGAGCGAUGUCUAAAGACAAAAGCCACAUGUCGCAUCGCUAUAUUGAACUUUUCCUCAAUUCUUCUGGCGGCACUUCAAUUGUAGGGGC